UGCCUAGUUUCCCUAUCUGUGCCGUACUUAACGACCCUCCUGCCGACUAAUAAUGUAAUGCAGUAAUAAUAUUAGUCCAAAAUAAUGUGAAAUCUUUUGGGGGUAAGUUUUACUUGAGAAACCACCGCUGUUAUUAGCUCCCAGUUACAAUAUUACAGGCCAGUAUUUCAUUACAUAAUGCUACUAAAGCUACAUGUGAUGCUUUCCUAUGAGCUGGCAGUACUUCUUUAUUUCUGUUUCAGCUUCUGAAAGUGAUUGGUGCUAUACUGGCUGCGAGCACACCACGUCCGAGUGGAAACACAUCUCCGGCGCUUUCUGUGGAGAAGAAAGGCAGUCUCCGAUUGACAUAGCCACCGCGCAUGUUCAGACUGACCCUCAUCUGCUUGACUUUACUUUCAACAACUUCUCCUCUCAGCAAGUCAUCGAGUCCAUGACAAACAAUGGACAUACUGUGAAAUUCACAUUGGAAGACGGUAAAGUUGAAGUGAGUGGAGGUGGACUUGAUGGAACAUAUUCUACAAUUCAGUUUCACUUUCACUGGGGCGAUACAGAACAUCAUCCGGGCUCAGAGCACACGAUCGACGGGCACAGAUAUCCAAUGGAGAUGCACAUCGUGAGUCUGAAGAAAGGUCUCACUGUGCAGCAGGCCACAGAGAAUUCAGAGGGAAUUGCUGUUUUGGGUUUUUUCAUCAAUGCAACGGAAGACGGAGAUAUGUCGCAAACAUGGAGCGAGCUCACAUCCUACCUGACAAACGUCAAAGACACCGAGGUUAAAAUAAACCACACCUUCUCUAUCGAUGACCUGAUUAGAAAUGUAAACCUGACAAAGUACUAUCGAUACAUGGGCUCCCUCACCACCCCGAAGUGCAACGAAGCAGUCGUGUGGACGGUCUUUCAAGAGCCAAUCAACAUCAACAUAAAUCUGAUUCAACGGUUUCCCACGCAGGCAGGAUUCACCAAUGUUUAUCGACCUACACAACCUCUUAAUGGACGUCACGUGACUGCUUCCCCUGCAACUCCUUUACCACCCAGUAGUCAUUCAUGGUGCUAUGACGAUCACUGUGACUUCAGACCGUCUCACUGGCACCUUCUGCCUAACUCCCACUGUGACGGCAAACGCCAGUCACCCAUCGACAUUGAGACAAAAAACACUGUGACAGACAAGAAUCUCGGUGCUUUCACCUUUACAAAGUUUGACGACAAACAUGCCAUCAAGUACAUGGUUAACACAGGCCAUUCAGUGAAGUGUGUACUGAAGGCGGGUCUGGAUGUCUCAGGGGGAGGUUUGGGACACGUGUACUCCACCCUUCAAUUACACUUCCAUUGGGGCUCCGCAUUACAUGACACUGAAGGCUCCGAGCAUACGGUGGAUUUAAAGAGAUACCCAAUGGAGAUGCACAUAGUGAACAAGAGGAAGGAUUUAACUCUGGAUGACGCAGUACUUGCUCCUAAUGGUCUGGCAGUGCUGGGAUUCUUUAUUGAGGCUGUUCCAGGCAAAAUCAGCAGCCGUUCAGAAGCUACUGAGAACGAGACCACGUCUGAAAUGGAUGCCUGGACAAAACUGACCAACUACCUUUCAGCUGUUCAAAACAUCAGCUCAGAAGUUAACGUCACUGAAGAGAUCUCCAUUGAUGACUUGCUUGGCGAUUUGAACCUAGCUGCAUACUACCGCUACAACGGCUCCUUAACGACCCCUUCAUGUAAUGAAGCGGUGGUCUGGACAGUCUUUAAAGAGUCUGUCAAGGUGGACCAAAGCCUGAUGAUGAGGUUUCCGACUCAGGCAGGAUAUUACAACGUGUAUCGGCCUGCACAGUCUCUUCAUACCAGAACAGUCUUCACCACGGCAGCAGCAUCCAGUGCCCCUGUUUCCAUCCUACUGCUGCUGGCAUGUCUCAGCGCCUUGCAUUUCUGAGAAGGUUUGCUAAGUGGAACUGCUGUAAAGAAAUAUAUUGUAUUAAUCAAUGAAUCUUUGCAAUAUGUUUUAGCCAUAUACUUAAAUUCUGUUUCAUCAGUGAUUUAUAUACAUUUUUCAAUGAUAUAAUGUCGACACAAACAUCACCUCUCUAGAUUUGUUUCAACAUGGGGUUGGUACCACUUGAUCUAAUCACAUCAUCAUGUGCUUUCAAAAUGUAG